AGUUCGUCCCACACACUCUCCCGAGCGUUCGGAAGUCCAGGAUGGGUUUGGACUUUGUGAACGGUGGGGGUCCUAUGGACACGAAACCAGUCAACGGAGAGACCAAGGACCUUCUUCAAUGGUUGAACGAUCGUCGUAAAUGCGACUUGGAACUCGCAAAUGGCACCAUGAUGCAGGGUUACUCCUUUGGUGCAAGCACAUCAGUGUCUGGUGAGGUUGUGUUCAACACAGGAAUGGUCGGAUAUCCCGAAUCCCUCACAGAUCCAUCGUAUGCGGGGCAGAUCCUCGUUUUCACGUACCCUUUGGUGGGAAACUAUGGGAUUCCUUCCGAUGAAAAGGACCAGCUUGGAUUGCCCAAAUGGUUCGAGAGCCACAAGAUCCAUUUGAAGGGCGUGGUCAUUUCCGACUAUUCUUAUGAACCAUCGCACUACAGCUGCAUCCGCAGUCUCGGUGAGUGGCUGUCCUCUCAGGGCAUCCCGGGUAUCUAUGGAGUGGAUACCCGUGCCAUCACCAAAGUGAUCCGCGAAAGUGGCUCAAUGCUGGGGAAACUGGUAGUGCAAGGGAGCACACCUUCAGUAAACUUGGAAAUUGAUGACCCGAACCACCGUAACCUGGUAGCAGAAGUCUCAAGGAAGGAGAAGGAAGUCUUCGUGCCUGUGGAAGCGUCGAAAAGACAGGUUCAUGUCUUGGCCGUGGAUUGCGGUAUGAAGAACAACAUCAUCAGGUACCUGGUCAACGGGCUUGGGCUGCGAGUCACUGUGGUGCCGUGGGACUAUGACUUCACGCAAGAUUCCUUCGAUGGGUUAUUUCUUUCUAACGGCCCAGGCGACCCCACGAUGUGCGCCAAGACUGUGGAGCAUGUGAAGUAUGUCAUGAAGCAUCGACCUGACACACCAAUUUUCGGCAUUUGCUUGGGAAAUCAGAUCUUGGCGUUGGCAGCUGGGGCCUCUACCUACAAGAUGAGGUUUGGGAAUCGUGGCAUGAACCAGCCGGUGGUCGAUCUCCGAACCCAGCGCUGCUACAUCACCGCCCAGAACCAUGGCUUUGCCGUGGACCAAACUACGUUGCCACAGCACUGGGUUCCGCUCAUGGUCAAUGCCAACGAUGGAACCAAUGAAGGCAUCAUUCACUCCUCCAAGCCGUGGUUCUCUGUGCAAUUUCAUCCAGAAGCGAAAGGCGGUCCAACGGACACGGAUUUCCUGUUCAACUACUUUCUGCAAUUCAUUGCUGAACCAACUGCUUCGGUGGUGACCACAAUGCCAUACUCACUGCCAACUCUGUACCGCAAAGUCUUAGUGUUGGGCUCUGGCGGACUGACCAUUGGACAGGCAGGAGAAUUUGACUAUUCUGGAAGUCAGGCCAUCAAGGCACUCAAGGAAGCUGGCGUGAUGUCGAUUUUGAUCAACCCCAACAUUGCCACAGUUCAGACAUCCGCCGGAAUGGCCGACCGUGUGUACUUUCUGCCUGUGACUCCAGAAUUUGUCGUCAAAGUCAUUGAGCGUGAGAAGCCUGAUGGCAUUUUUGCAGCCUUUGGUGGGCAGACGGCCUUGAACUGCGCGGUGAAGUUGUACCAAGCAGGGGUCUUCGAAAAGUAUAACGUCAAGGUACUUGGAACUCAGAUCGAUGCCAUCAUGAAGACAGAAGACCGAGAUCUCUUCAGCAAGGUGGUCGAUGCCUGUGGUGAGAAAAUUGCUGAAAGCUCAUGCUGCGACUCUGUUCCUGAUGCUGUCACAGCAGCUGAAAAGAUCGGAUACCCUGUGCUGGUCCGGGCAGCCUAUGCACUUGGUGGUUUGGGCAGUGGCUUUGCAUACAACGAGGAGGACUUGAAAAAGCUGGUGAAUGUAGCGCUGGUCAACAGCCCACAGGUUAUCAUCGACAAGUCUUUGAAGGGUUGGAAAGAACUCGAGUACGAAGUGGUGCGGGACAAGAACGACAACUGCAUCACUGUCUGCAACAUGGAGAAUUUCGACCCAAUGGGUGUCCACACAGGUGAGUCCAUUGUGAUUGCACCUUCGCAGACUUUGAGCAACGAUGAGUACUACCGGCUGCGCCAAUGUGCUCUGAAGAUCAUCCGACAUCUUGGAAUCGUGGGCGAGUGUAACAUCCAAUAUGCCGUGGAUCCUCACAGCUCAGAGUUCCGCAUCAUCGAGGUGAACGCGAGGCUCUCCCGUAGCAGUGCCUUGGCAUCCAAGGCCACCGGAUAUCCUUUGGCUUACGUCGCAGCGAAGUUGGCGCUGGGUCACGACUUGGUCCAACUCAGGAACAGCGUCACGCGCUGCACCACGGCCUGCUUCGAGCCAUCCUUGGACUACGUGGUGGCCAAGGUACCACGCUGGGAUCUGCAGAAGUUCUCCACGGUGGAUGCUCGCAUUGGCUCUGCCAUGCAAAGCAUGGGCGAGGUCAUGGCCAUUGGAAGAACCUUUGAGGAGACCAUCCAGAAGGCUUUGCGGAUGGUGGAUGAAACCAGUCUGGGAUUCGAUCCCAUCCGCUUUGAUCUCGAACUCAACCGCCGUGGGUCCGUUUCGUCCUCCCAGAAGGGAGAGUCCGCAGGUGCGUCUUUGGAGGCAGAGAUCAAGAAGGAGCUGGCCCAUCCAACUCCCGUGCGAAUGUGGGCCAUUGCCAAGGCCUUCGAACAUGGUAUGAAUGUGGAGGAAGUUCAUGAACUGACCAGUAUUGACCGCUGGUUCCUUUCGAAGCUUCAUGGUUUGCACAUGAUCAAAGGCACGAUGAAGUCCAUGGACUUCAAUCAGCUUCGCAACCAGCCAGAGCUGCUGAAGGAGGCCAAGUUGCGCGGAUUCUCGGAUCGUCAGAUCGCUGCCUUGGUGUCAGAGCCUGAAAAGAUGGAGUACGUCGCUUCGCCGGCACUUCUUCCGGUUGACUACGGCUCCUUGCGCUACACAGGAGGUCCUGUGAGUGAAGCACACAUUCGUCACCUGCGCAAGAAGCUUGGCAUCGUACCGGUGGUGAAACAGAUUGACACAUUGGCGGCUGAGUACCCAGCAGAGACAAACUAUUUGUACCUCACCUACUCUGGUGAAGAGCAUGAUGUCGACCUGGCGGGCAGUGAGAAGCAAUGCUCAGAUGUCAAAGUCACUGAGUUGACACCUGCCAUUCCGGAGCCUUUGACGUUGAAGUUCCAGGCUCAGAGCUCUGACUCCAAAGAAGAGGCCGAAUCGCGCAUCAUCGUUCUGGGCUGCGGCCCUUACAGGAUUGGAAGCAGUGUGGAGUUCGACUGGUGCAGUGUGUCCUGCGUCCGUACUCUCAGGUCUUUGGGACACAAGGCAAUCGUCAUCAACUGCAAUCCCGAAACGGUGUCCACGGACUUCGACGAGUCGAACCGCUUGUACUUUGAAGAACUGAGUCACGAGCGUGUCAUGGACAUCUCUGAGUUGGAGACGCCGCGUGGGGUGGUGGUGUCCGUUGGUGGCCAGACACCCAACAACUUGGCCUUGGGCUUGCACAGGUGUGGUAUCCGCAUUUUGGGUACUUCAGUCGAGGCAAUUGAUGCGUGUGAAGAUAGGAACAAGUUUAGCCAGCUUUGCGAUCGAUUGCGCGUGGACCAGCCUGAAUGGUCGGAGUUCGCUACAUUGGAGGAAGCGCGCCGAUUCUGCACAGUCGCUGGCUAUCCAGUUCUCGUCCGGCCAUCGUAUGUCUUGAGUGGUGCAGCUAUGCGCGUGGUCACCAAUGAUGACGAGUUAGACAUUUUCUUGAAGACCGCAGCAGUGGUGAGCCGAGAUCACCCUGUAGUGAUCUCGAAAUACAUCACCGGCGCCAAGGAGGUGGAAAUGGAUGCGAUUGGCAACGAAGGCGAGUUGGUGAACUAUGCCAUUGCCGAGCACAUUGAGAAUGCUGGUGUACACAGUGGAGAUGCCACUCUACUUCUGCCUGCCCAGCGCCUCUUUGUGGAGACCCACCGACGAGUCAAGAGCAUUUCGCAGAAGUUGUGCAAAGCGUUGAAGAUCUCAGGGCCAUUCAACAUCCAGUUCAUUUGCAAGGACAACGAAGUCAAGGUCAUUGAGUGCAAUCUGAGAGCUUCGCGAUCCAUGCCCUUCAUUUCCAAGACCUACAAUGUGAACUUCAUUGAACUGGCAACGCGCAUCAUGACUGGCUUUCCUGUCCAUUCAGCCAUCAUCCAACCGAUGGAUAUCGACUAUGUUGCGUGCAAAUGCCCUAUGUUCUCCUUUGGAAGGCUGAAGAAUUCGGAUCCUCGCCUCGGGGUGGAAAUGUCUUCAACUGGUGAAGUGGCUUGCUUCGGCGUGAAUGUCCACGAGGCGUUCUUGAAGGGCAUGCUCGCUGCAAACUUCAAGCUUCCGAAGAAGAACAUUGUGAUCUCCCUGGGUCCCAACAGUGCCAAGCACGAGUUCGUGAGUACAGGCGCAGCCAAGCAGCUUCAGGAGAUGGGCUUCAGCCUGUUUGCAACCAAGAGCACCUCGGACUACCUGUCGAAGCAUGGAGUGUCUUGCAGCCUGGUCUACAAGCCUACGAUCAAAAAAGAGCCAAACGUGCUCACCCUCCUGCAAGCCGGCAAGAUGGACAUGAUGAUCAAUGUGCCAGAUUCCAUGGACUCCAAUGGAAUGACCGAUGGCUUCAAAAUGCGUCGGGGUGCCAUCGAAGCCGGUGUACCAUUGAUCACCGACAUCAAAACGGCCAUCUUCACAUGUGCGGCCAUCCACAGGAAGUGGUUGCGAGAGAGCAGUGGUAAAUCUUUCUGGGAUGUGUGCUCAUGGCAGGAAUAUGUUGAGAUCAUCGAAAGGCUGAAUUGAAUCAAACUGGAUAACAUCCAGUGUCAUUUAGUGACAUCUUCCAAGUCUUCCUUCAACCAUGGGGGUUACAUGGAGAAGGUAAGUGCUUAGUCUUAGUGGCUUUUUCUUGCAGCCAGAAUUUUACGGCUGGCUUGGCACAGCAUCUGCACAUUUGCUUGAUGCACAGAUUUUGGAGCAGUUACCGUCUGCUCAAAAUUGGAAGUGCUGGACCUGCGUUCACUCUCCCGCUUACAAGAUCUCUUGAAUCUCUUCUUGAUCGUCAUCACACGUGCUGUAGCGAGCCUUCAGACCACUCAAGACUUUCUUGCUGCAUCUGAGUUAGAAAACCUUCACUACUGCCGGGUGUGUUGACGUGUAACUGCUUCUGACUAAUCCAGUCGAAGUACAGCCUAAUGGCUAAACUCGAGCAUGUGCCUGGGCUCAUGCGAACUUUUCUUGUUGGGGAAAAAUCAGACUCCUGCUGCCCUGUGCGUGCAAGUACAAGAAAGUACACGUAGGUUAAGAGACAUCCGAAUGGAAAUGACGCAGAGAUUGUAUUUGAU